UACCUUUAAUCACCGUACAAAAUAGAUCUUGUGAGUAGUCAUCGUCAACAUCAGUAGCAACUCGGGGGUUCUCAAGAUGGCGGAUAUAGAACUUGACGUCGACAACUUAAUAUCGCGCCUUUUAGAAGUGCGAGGAUGUCGUCCAGGCAAAACUGUACAGAUGUCAGAAGCUGAGGUGCGUGGCCUCUGCCUCAAGUCUCGGGAGAUAUUCCUCCAGCAGCCCAUCCUUUUGGAAUUGGAAGCACCCCUUAAAAUUUGUGGAGACAUACAUGGCCAAUACACGGAUCUUCUUCGGCUGUUUGAGUAUGGGAGCUUUCCACCCGAGUCCAAUUACCUGUUUCUUGGAGACUAUGUGGACCGAGGCAAACAGUCCCUGGAAACUAUUUGCCUUCUCUUGGCAUACAAAAUAAAAUACCCUGAGAACUUCUUCCUCUUGAGAGGAAACCAUGAGUGUGCCUCCAUAAACAGAAUCUAUGGAUUUUUUGAUGAAUGUCGCCGCAGGUAUGGCACCAAGUUGUGGAAGACAUUUACGGAUUGCUUCAACUGCCUGCCAAUUGCUGCAAUAAUUGAUGAGAAGAUAUUUUGUUGUCAUGGUGGAUUAAGUCCAGACUUGCAGAGCAUGGAACAGAUCAGGCGCAUCAUGCGUCCCACUGAUGUGCCAGACACCGGCCUAUUGUGUGACCUAUUGUGGUCUGAUCCUGACAAAGAUGUGUCAGGCUGGGGUGAGAAUGACCGUGGUGUGUCAUUUACAUUUGGUGCAGAUGUGGUGACAAAAUUCUUGAACCGACAUGACCUGGAUCUCAUAUGUCGAGCUCAUCAGGUUGUGGAGGAUGGAUAUGAAUUCUUUGCUAAGAGACAGUUGGUGACACUCUUCUCAGCCCCAAAUUACUGUGGCGAGUUUGACAAUGCUGGUGGUAUGAUGUCUGUGGAUGAGACACUUCUCUGCUCCUUCCAGAUCCUGAAACCUUCAGAGAAGAAAGCAAAAUACCAGUACAGUGGCCUCAACCAGAGUGGAUCAAAUCCUUCCAGUCGACAGCAGCGGCAACAACAGCAGAAGUAGUAAUGCGUAUUUGUUUACCAAAUAUAUGCCACACCUGCUGCAGCUGUGUGUGUGUAUGUAUGCAUGUGUGUGCAUGUGUGCACACACAUCUGCUUUCAUUUAUGUGCAAAAAAGUGUGCAUGUGUGCAGCUGAUACAUUCUCCGUCCUGUCUGUCUAUAUGAGCAGGUGUGUUAACAGCAUAUACAUAAUAUUUGUAGCACAAAGGUAAACAAAGUAAGUAACUAGGAAAGAAAGAACAGAUUUCUGAUUAUCAGCAUUUGUCAAAAUGAUACUUCUAAUAAUGUCAGGGAUGUGUGUGUAUGUGUGUGUGCAUUUGAUGUGUGCAUUUGAGUGAAAGGGUGAGAGAGACAGAUGGAUGCAAACAAACAGAGAGACAAACAGGAAGUGAUUAUGGCAAACAGUAAUAAUUAACUAAAUAUAUUGAAUCUUCUGAUUUGUACAUUGGAUGCAUGAUUAAUGGAAAAAUUCAUUCAUUCAGAUAUCUAAGGUCCAUCUUUACAAGAAUGAAUUGAUUUUGAUUGAUAAAAAAGAAAGAGAAGUUGCUGCAACACAAAAAAUGGAAAUAUGGUUAGAGUGACAGGAGAAAGUUCUGCAAGGAAGGAAAAUUGGCAUUUCAUUGGUACUAUGAUGACAGUAAAGACUGUAGGAAUAGGAACCACAUGAUAGUUUAUUACCAUUAGUAAGUGCAGAUGUGAUUUUUUUUUAUUUUUUUUUUUAUUUUUUUAUUUUUUUUUAUUUUUUUUUAGCAAUAGAAGUUACAUAUUUGAGAGAUAAUUGAAGUACAAGCAGGUUUUGCUUUCCACAUGAAAAGGCUAGCUAUCUGAUAGCUACAAAAAAUAUAUAUAUAGAAAAGUCUUCAAAAGAUUUCCCUGUAUUUCGGUGUCAAAAACAAUAUAAUUUCCCUAAAAUAUGCAUACAAAAUCUACCUUGCAUCUUGGAUUCUGAAGAUUACAUUUUCAUUGGCCUAUCCUAACCCCAGAGGAAGGUUAUCAAUGCUAGACAUCUGAACUCCUGCAUGUGACCUUUCAAUAAAGUGUACGAAUUAUACUGAGAGUAACAAAUAAGCAAAAGUAUCAUAGAAAAAAAAUAAACGCAAUCACAAAAAUUCAUAUCCACAUGGGCAAUGUAGUAGAUGAUGAGACAGCAGACUAGUAGUAUUUUAUAUGUUGUGUAUCAGUAUUGCUGUUAUUUUCACUCUCCUCAAACAUCCCAAUUUUAAGAUAAUAUUACUAAGUGAUAAAAAAUAAAAAAAACUGGAGUAUGUUGAAAAUGUUUACUCAUAACUCAUAUUGAUAACAAGACUGUCAUGAUAUCUCAUUCACUGCCAUCUUGAUUCAGUCUUUGUAAUGGUUCCAAAAAUACAAAGGAUGUGUCUGCAUUUUCAUUGCGCAACAGUUGUCUUGUUAAUGUUUUUUUUUUUUUUUUCUCCAGAAUUGUGCAUUUUUGAGAGCAAAGUGUCUUUGACACUGGGAAAUACUGUAAUUUUGAAGAUGUUGCCCCAAGAAUCUCAUUAGGAGGUUCUCCUUUAUGUGGUCUAAUCAGCUUAUCUGGUCAGAUGUUGGGAAGGGAGAAGAGUCUAUAGUGAUGCAGCAAAAGUAAAUCAUCUGUGCUGGACAUGUUGUGCAAUUGAUCUUCAUCAUCUUUGGUUGGUGAGAAUUGGCUUUCUUUCCCCCUAGAGGCCUAUAGACUAAGAUGUGAGCAAAUGCUUGUGAAUGUUAUUGUGUACAUGUGAUGCUUUGUCUUGGAUAUCCUGUCUUUAUGGGGGAAUGUUGGGACUCAUGGAUAUGUGGAUGUUGGGAGGAAGGAAAAAUUCUGGAGUCAGCAUAAAAUACCUAACUUAUGGAAGCUGUUUCAGCAAGAGAUAAGAUGUGAGAUUUCAAGCUAAGAUAUUUAGUAAAAUAUGUUCAGUGUAGAAUGGGUAUUAAAGGUGUGAGAGGACAAUCCCUGUAAUUUGAAAGGAAAGAAUACUGCAGGAUGAGAAGAGAGCGAGAGAGAGGGGGAUGGGCUAAAUGGAGUAUGCAGGGAUGAGGUGCAUGGGUAGGUGGAGUAACAACUGCAUUAGAGGAAUUGCCAGGAAUAGAAUUGUACACUGCAUACUGGACAAAGAGUAUAUUUAAUGUUUGGAAAACUAAUGGGGUAAAAAGCAAGCAGAGAGACAAAAGCAUAUGAAAAAAAAAAAAUUAGAGCUAAAAUAAAUUGACUGCCUUUAAAAGAAAUUCUGAAGGCAAAUUAAAUACAAUUUACAAAAAAUAAUAUGAUGAUGCAUUGGCAAUGGAAGAUAAAGGCAAGCAAGAUAUAAGGCAGAGAGGAAAGUUGAUAACCAGGUCACACCAAGAGAAGCAAACUGGGAUGAGAAUAAGAGACAAGUAGUAGAAAUGAGGCUCAUAACAUAUAAUGGAUUUGUAAUAGCUGCCUGUGAGGAUGUAGAUGCGUGUGUGUGUGUGUGUGUGUGUGUGUGUGUGUGUGUGUGUGUGAGAGAGAGAGAGAGAGAGAGAGAGAGAGAGAGAGAGAGAGAGAGAGAGAGAGACUUGUGCCUGUUUGUCUGCUUGUCUGUCUGUCAUCUGUCUUGUAUUUCUAUAUGUCUGUCUCUCCUCAGUUACCACUGGGGAAAUGAUAAGUAAUAAGUAGAUAAAUAACAAAUAUAAUGAGAUAAAUAAAAUAAAAUCUAUGCAUUAGGAUAAGUUUUAUGCUGAAUUGCCUUAAUAGAACAGUAUGUCAUUAGUGUACAGAGCGUGUGUUUGUGAAUGUAUGUUAGAAGUCAUUAAUAUAUAUAUAUAUAUAUAUAUAUAUAUAUAUAUAUAUAUAUAUAUAUAUAUAUAUAUAUAUAUAUAUAUAUACACAAGUAUUCUCAUGUAUUUUAUCAAUCAUACAAGCAAACAAUGAAGAAAAAAAAAGUCAAGAAAUAUAUACGUAAAUUGAUUUUCCUCAUGAAAAAACAAGUUAAAGUUGAGGGACCUUUAUGGAGCAUGUGGUGAUUCGGAUGAGUAUGAAGUAAUAAUGAUGAUUUGGUGGAAUGUCAACCUAGAUCAGAAUGACUGUAUGUAUUCAUCUGAUAAUCUUACACCCAUAACAGGUUUGUUACUUGGAUAGAUUUUUUUUUUUUUUAGGUCAAAGAUUCAUUAUAACUACAAUUUGCAAUAAAGAAGCUUAAUUGUAAUUCAUUGCCUGAUUUUGAUAAGUGUGUAAAAGAUAUGUAGUUAAAGUGUGAAAUGUGAAGAAAAGAUUCAUUGUAUUAUCAUUUUUUCCCCAACUUGUUAACUCCCACAUGUUGGGCAUAUCAUACUGCCUAUGAAUACUGUCAUCAUAGCUGAUCAAAUAUUAUUAUUAUUAUUAUUAUUAUUAUUAUUAUUAUUAUUAUUAUUAUUAUUAUUAUUAUUAUUAUUAUUAUUAUCGUCAUCAUCAUCAUCAUCAUCAUCAUCAUCAUCAUCAUCAUCAUCAUCAUCAUUUGAGAUAAUUAGAAACAUUUGUUUGCAUGUGAAUUUCCAUUUCUCUCUCUCUCUCUCUCUCUCUCUCUCUCUCUCUCUCUCUCUCUCUCUCUCUCUCUCUCUCUCUCUCUCUCUCUCUCUCUCUCUCUCUCUCUCUCUCUCUCUCUCUCUCUCUCUCUCUCUGUUUGCAAAUAGUGUUAUGGAAUUACUGAUGCAAUUAUUUUUAUGUCUCCUUAUUACAUUAUUUCAUAUUCCUAUUUUUUUUUCAUUUAUUCUUUUCCCUCUUCCUUGCCUAUCUUUUGACAUAAUUUAAGAUUGAUUAUUAGUGUAGUUGUAGUUUUCUUUCAAUGAUUCAGAUUUGUAGCUGAUUCCAAGAUGCCAAGAAUUCAGUUUUUAUCCAUGUAAAUUAGCCAGUAAUAAAGCAUUACACUAUAUUGUACA